CUCUCAAGUUGACGCGUCAAGCAGUGGAAGUGGGGCGUUGACAUUCUAUUCCUUGAGUUUACAGAGAAUAUCGGGCCGCGGGACAACCUGGAAAAGUACACCGUUAUCGUCUUCCAACUUUGCUUUCCACGUUUUUGUAAGAACAUCACUUAUACAUAUUACCAGGGAACCAGUGGAUUGUGUACUGCUACUGGCUGCUAUGGAUGACAUCUUCACACAAUGUCGCGAGGGAAACUCUGUGGCUGUGCGCCUGUGGUUGGACAACACAGAGAAUGACCUAAAUUUGGGGGACCACCACGGCUUCAGCCCCCUGCACUGGGCAUGCCGGGAGGGGAGGGGCCCGUUGGUGGACAUGCUCAUCAUGAGGGGGGCCCGCAUCAACGUGAUGAACCGCGGCGACGACACGCCCCUGCACCUCGCCGCCAGCCACGGACACAGAGACAUCGUGGCUAAGCUGAUUCAGUGCAAAGCGGACCCGAAUGCCGCCAACGAACAUGGAAACACACCUCUCCACUACGCCUGUUUCUGGGGACAAGACCAGGUGGCUGAGGAUCUAGUGACAUGUGACGCCCAGGUGUGUGUAUGUAACAGGUACGGCCAGACGCCUCUGGAUAAAGCCAAGCCUCACCUGCAGCAGCUGCUACAAGAAAGGGCAGAGAAACAAGGCCAGAGCCUGACCAAAGUUCCUUACAGGGAAACCUUCUGGAAGGGAACCAUGCGCACACGCCCGCGUAAUGGCACUCUGAACAAGCAGGCCGGUGUGGACUUCAAGCAGCUGUCUCUUUUAGCCAAGAUCAAUGAGAACCAGUCCGGAGAGUUGUGGCAAGGACGCUGGCAGGGAGAAGAGAUCGUAGUCAAGGUGUUGAAUGUCAGAGAUUGGACCACCAGGAAAAGCCGGGAUUUCAACGAGGAGCACCCUAAACUUCGAAUCUUCUCUCAUCCAAAUAUCUUGCCGGUUCUUGGCGCCUGUCAGGCCCCUCCCUCCCCCCAUCCCAUAAUAAUCAGCCACUACAUGCCCUACGGGUCACUCUACAACAUCCUGCACCAGGGAACGACACUGGUGGUGGACCAGACGCAGGCGCUGAAGUUUGCCUGGGACAUCGCCAGCGGCAUGGCCUUCCUGCACACGCUGGAGCCAAUGGUGGCGCGGCUCCACCUUAACAGCAAGCACGUCAUGAUUGAUGAAGACAUGACGGCCAGAGUCAGCAUGGCCGACGCCAAGCUCUCUUUCCAGUGUCCCGGUCGCAGCUACUCCCCCGCCUGGCUGGCCCCCGAAGCCCUUCAGAAGAGGCCGGAGGACAUCAACAGGCGCUCAGCAGACAUGUGGAGCUUUGCCGUGCUGCUCUGGGAGCUCGUCACCAGGGAGGUGCCCUUCGCAGAUCUGUCCCAGAUGGAGAUAGGCAUGAAGGUGUCCCUGGAGGGUUUGCGGCCCACCAUCCCCCCGGGGAUCUCCCCCCACGUGUGUAAGCUGAUGAGGCUGUGCAUGAACGAGGACCCGGCCAAGAGACCCAAGUUCGACAUGAUCGUGCCCAUCCUGGAGAAGAUGCAAGACAAGUGAUGAGCCACGCCGCUGAGUGUGAUGCUAGUGAACCGGUCCCCCCCCCGCCCUCCUCCCCGCCCUCCUCCCCGCCCUCCCCCC